AUGGCGGACAAGGCAGUUACCAUCCGUACCAGAAAGUUCAUGACCAACCGGCUUCUCUCUAGGAAGCAAUUCGUCAUUGAUGUUCUUCAUCCAGGAAGGCCCAAUGUUUCCAAGGCGGAGUUGAAAGAGAAGUUGAGCAGAAUGUAUGAGGUCAAGGACCCGAAUUCUAUAUUUGUUUUCAAGUUUCGUACCCAUUUUGGAGGUGGGAAGUCAACCGGCUUUGGUUUGAUUUAUGAUUCGGUUGAGAACGCAAAGAAGUAUGAGCCUAAGUACAGGCUCAUUAGGAAUGGACUUGAUAAAAAGGUUGAGAAGUCAAGGAAGCAAAUGAAGGAGAGAAAGAACAGAGCCAAGAAGAUCCGUGGAGUAAAGAAGACAAAGGCCGGAGAUGCUGCCAAGGCUGGAAAGAAGAAAUGA